AUGAAUUUACCCUUUGGGUCAUGCAACGUUAACACCCUGACAUGUGAAGCGACAGGCCUAUCCCCCGCGACAGCAUACACCGUUUGCUUGGUCGCUUGUUCGAGCUCAGGCGGAAACACAGUCUGCAGCGAGAAAUCGGCCCCACAGACUUCAAGCACUAGUCCACGGCCACCCGCUCGAGUCACCGUGGUAUCACAAUCGACCACAUCGCUCAAGAUUAACAUACGUCCGCCUGAAAAUAACUUAAGAAUCAAUCGCUACGUGGCGGAAAUACAAGGCAAUAAUCAACUGAAGUGUACGGCGACGGGAGGAACAUUGCCAUCUUGCGUGAUUGAGGGCCUCAGUCUCUCGACAAAGUACGUCGUCGAAGUUCGCGCGUGGUUGGGCGAUCCCUUCUCGCAGGUCUCAAGCGAUGUUAAAACUGGCACUGGGUGGACUAUGCUUGAAGGCAAGUCAUUAAAAGAAAAACCUUCCUCUGUGACGGUGAAAACAAGGACUUCGUCUUCUAUGCUCAUCGAAGUUAACCCACCAACAGAGGCCAAAAACAUAGGCAGCUAUGAGGUUUCUCUCGACAGAGAUGGAGUAACCAGAUCCUGCUCGGUCAUUUCUGGGGAAGAAGUCGAGUGUUCCCUGGAUGGACUACAAGCAGCUACCCAGUACCAGGUAGCUAUCAAGUCCUGCAUCGACGUGGUGAACCCGUUUAUCUGCAGUGAAAGUUUAGUGGUGCCAAUUUGGACAAGACCUUCCACCCCAAGUGCGCCCGUAUGGACAGACAGCGGGACCAAGUCUCUGGAAUGGACAUUUACAAAAUUACCCGACCAAGGCCAGACAUAUGUGUACAAACUUGUGGACGAGCAGAAUCUGCCCUUCGGAACUUGUGACGUUGCAACCUCGACGUGUAAAGCUACCAACCUCAUUGUCGCAUUGCCAUACACCGUCUACUUGGUGGCCUGUUUCACCGCAGACGGCGACACACUUUGCAGCGACAAAUCCGAUCCGCAGACUGCGAGCACUCGACCAUGGCCUCCGGCGCGUGUCAAUGUUAUACCAGCAUCUGUAAGUUCACUGAAGGUCACCAUAACCCCGCGAGAUGAUGCAAGAAAUAUCGAUCGCUACGUGGCGGAAAUACAAGGCAAUGAUCAGCUGAAGUGUACGGCGACGGGGGGAACAUUGCCAUCUUGCGUGAUUGAGGGCCUCAGUCUGUCGACAAAAUACGUCGUCGACGUUCGCGCGUGGUUGGGCGAUCCCUUCUCGCAGGUCUCAAGCGAUGCUAAAAACGCCACUGGGUGGACCAUGCUGGAAGCACCUGAAUCGGUGACGGUAACGACGAAAACGUCGUCGUCCUUGAGUGUCGCCGUCGUUGCACCCAAUGACGCCAGUGGAAUUGGCCGUUACGAGGCCUUCGUUGAAGGAGACCCUUCCAAAGCAUGCACAAUGACAUCUCUAGAUAAACCCGAGUGUCAGCUAGAGGGCUUGGAAGCAGGCACGGAGUAUUCGGUCAAUGUCGAAGCCUGUGUCAACGACACAGAUCCCCCUGUCUGCAGUGAAAGCAAAGUGGGCUCAGGAUGGACAAAACCGAACGCACCGACGUCUGUGGCAGUAACACCAGACACUACGUCGUCAAUAAUGGUUGAAUUUGAGGCUCCAAGCGACGCCAAAGGAAUUACCAACUAUGAUGUGUCACUGGUCGGAGCCGACCCACCAAAGUACUGCUCAGUAGCAUCAUCUCAUAAGCUUGACUGCAAGUUCGAAGGCUUGGAGCCUUCCACAGAAUACCAGGUCAGCGUGACCUCAUGUAUCGCUCGUGAAGUUCUCUUCGCCUGCAGUGAGGACGUGGUGGCGUCUGGAUGGACGAAACCUAACAGUCCCCGGAACCUGUCCAUAGGUGACGUUUUUGCCAACAGUGUUGUAGUCCGAUGGCUACAACCAAGCGGAAGGACAGAAAAUAUCAAGUUCUACCAAGCUCUGGCAAGACAGAAGACCGAGAAGGCUGUUCCAGCCGACGAAUACAUGUGCUCCGUUGAUGCCUCGGCUGAAGUGUUAGAGUGCUCCAUCAAUGGCCUCAGUGCCAAUACGGACUACACCAUAUCAGUGAGAUCGUGCAUAUCGGAUACAGUGUGUGGAGAUGACAUUGGCUUCGCCAGCAUAACCACAACUAACGAGCCUGAAGAAGUUCCGGAAUACGUAAUAAUUAUCGUCGCAGUUAUAAUUGCCAUUGUCAUCUUAACCAUCAUCAUUGUAAUCAUCGUGAACUGCCAGAAACGCGACAAAACCAAAGACGCUGACACGGACGAGAAAGGAAGUUCGGCAUCUGAUCUGAAGACGAUACUGUCUGUUGAAAAGUAG